AAGCAAAAGGUGCUCAGAAGAAACCGAUGACCAUGCAACAAAGAUCAACAGAGCGUGAUCUGUCUUACUGGGAGUAUAUUGAUGCAUUACAUUCUAUUCAGAAUAGUAAUUCUUCAAUCAAACAUAUCGAUGUUGGAUCAAUUUCAUCCAUGCAUUUAUGAUUCCAUUGAAAAUUUUGUUGAUGUCAAAGCCGAUGGUAACUAUGGAUAUCGUCUAAUUGUUGUCUUGUUAGAUAUGGGUGAAGAUUCAUGGUCAUUGGUGCGCAAUCAUUUGCUUAAAGAACUUACAAAAUGGUCUGAUGAGUAUAUGAACCUACUUGAUGGCAUAAACAAAUUUGAGGAAUUAAAGCGGUCCCUACUUGUUGAUGAAUUAUCCAUGGUUACCAUGGGCAAGUGGAUGAAUAUCACCGACAUGAGAUAUGUCAUUGCAUCAAGGUAUAAUGUCAUCCUUGUUUCUCUUUCACUCCAACAAGCAUGACAUUUUUUUCCUCUUAGAAGUCAACCACCAACAAAUUCUUUUGUGCAUCGCGUCAUAUGUAUCGGUUAUGUGUAUGACAAUCAUUUUGUUCAGGUAAAAGUAUGAUCAUCAUCUUUGUGUAAUUUUUGUAAAAAAAAUAUGUUCUGAUAUUUUGAAUGUGUAUGUCCUUAUGUAACAGCUAUUUCUAAGAGAUUGUUGUUUGUUU